UUGCCAAGCAUUCGGACGGGCGCCGAAAUUCCUGCGGGGCCCGGAAACUUUCUGAGCAGUAAGAGCUGGGUCUGUGGAUAUCAAGAAAGAAGGCCAUUUGAGCAAUAAGAAACGGAGUCGCGGUUGGCAGCUUAUUAAAAGGAGUCGCUAUGGAGGACAGCAUCCGCCUGGUAUCAGCGGGAGAUGACAUAAAGAUCUGGAACUCCUCGUCAAUGACUGUGGUGGAUCAAUUCAGCCCUCACACCCCAAGUCAGACUGUUUCUAGAGUUUGUUGGAGCAGCAAUAAUCAUUUUCUGGUCAGUGCCUCUGGAACUGGAGAUAAAAUUGUAGUGUCAAGCUGCAAAUCUUCCCCAGUUCCCAUUCUGGAACUUGCAGAAGGGAAAAAGCAAACCUGUAUAAACUUGAACUCUACAUCCCAGUUCAUUGUUAGUGGUGGUCUGGAUAGCUCUGUCAAUGUCUGGGAUCUGAAGUCAAAGAAACUGUACCGAUCCCUUAAGGAUCAUAAGGAUGUUGUUACUUGUGUAUCAUUUAAUAGUAACGAUUCCUACAUUGCCUCUGGUUCUGCAAGUGGAGAGAUAAUUCUUCACAGCAUUACUACUAAUCUCUCCAGUACUCCGUUUGGGUUUGGGAGUUCCCAGCCAAUCCAGGACCUGAAGUACUCUUACAUUAAGAAGUCUUUAAUGGGCAGCGUGUCUGACAGUGGUACCGUUGUCCUUUGGGAUGCUAAUACUCAGAAAUCUCUCCAUAGCUUUGAAAAUGCCCACAAGGCUCCAGCCUGUGGACUCUGUUUCUCACCUGCUAAUGAGCUACUCUUUGUUACUGUUGGCUUAGAUAAAAAAAUAAUUUGCUAUGACUCCUCCAGUAAGAUUCUUCUGCGCAGUCUGGUUGCUGAAUCCCCCCUCACAGCUAUUGACUUUAUGCCUGAUGGUGCUGCACUGGCAGUGGGUUCAUCUCGAGGGAAGGUGUAUCUUUAUGACUUAAGGAUGUUAACAUCUCCUGUUAAGGUGGUAACUGCUCACAAGACUUCAGUACAGUGUGUUAAGUUCCAGAAUGCACUAUCCCACAUCAAGUCAAGCAGUAAAGCACCAGUUAGUAAGUCCUCGAGCUCCUUGUCAGCUGCCACCAGCAGGAGGGCAGCAGUGAAGACUGGUAAUCCAGUUGCAAACAACCUCAUGUCAUCUGUGGGACGAGAUGUACAGCAAAAGCCAGCCGCAAUUCUUGAGCAGAAUAGUGGACCAGUGACUGUGGAAAAAGUGGAUGGAAGACCUGAUGGCAGAGGAAUACCUAAUAGCACCAGUUUGGAUGUGUUCCCAUCAAAAGAAACCGACAGCAUUAAGGGAACUGAUGGGCUUCCUAUUCUUGACAAAUUUGACUCAGUUGGCCGAAAUAGCCUCAGUGAUGUGUUCUCCCCUAUACGAGAUGAUUAUAGUUUUCAAAAGUCAAGCGCUGAUCUUGCUAAAGGAGAUGUGAUGGAUUUUAUGUCGCAUUUUUCGGGAAACCUUACAUCUCAUAAGAUUCCUACUAGUGGCUUACAGACCUCAAACACUCUUCUCUCAUUUGGCGAAUCACCCCCGAAAGCAGAAGAUGCAGACAAGACUCACAGUGACAGUCUUAAAGUAGGACAGGCAACAGUUGGAAGCCAUGACACACAGAAUUUGAUCAAGGUGAAUCGUGCCUUAUCUGAAUCAGCCAAUUCAAGUGGUUGUGGUAACACAAGCACACCUGUGAUGUCAUCCAUAAAAACUCUUGAACCAAAUGAGAGGCUAGGAAAAGAUUUACAAACAAAGCUCCUGUAUGACUCUCCAGUAAGUGGAGCUCCUUGUGGUGGAACAGCUUUGUCUCCAGAACCCAUGUUGUCUGCUGCUCUAACAGAAGGUGUAGUCUCUUCAUUAUCUGAAAAGAUAGCAGGAACUAUUAACAACAAUGGAAGUGGUCCUCCUCUGACCUCAAUUCAGAUUCAUUUUAUCCGAAAAAUGAUCCAGGAAACGCUGGAAGACUUCAGGGAAGCCUGCCACAAAGACAUUGUCAACCUGCAAGUGGAGAUGAUAAGGCAGUUCUACAUUCAGUUGAAUGAAAUACACUGUCUCAUUGAAAAAUAUUCAGUUAAUGACACUCUAGUUGCUGAAAUUGAGAAGCUGAAGGAGGAAAACAAAAGGCUGAGGGCAAAUUUUUGAAAAUGAAUACAUUGAGUGACUUGAGAUACAGAGCAGGACUCUACCUGCUUCCCAACAUGGUCCUAGAAGAGGCCCUGCCAAACAAGUCCUGCCUCCUGAAACUCUACCCUUCAAAGUGGCGAGAAGGAAAAGGCAGAAAUUCAAGCAGGAAGAGAGACAGGGUUUGCUCUGUUCACUAAUCUUCCUUGUCUAUUGAUAGGCUGAACUUUCUAACUUGUGUGCUACAGCCGGUGCCUUGUUUUAAUGGUUCUGGUUAAUACAGUGAGCCUUCUAUGCAAGGGUGUUUAAUAAUUUAAUCUCACCCCUAUGUGUCUUUGUGAAAGAGGGUGAUUUUUUUUUUUUUUUUUGCAUUUGUAAAUGUUUGCAUUAUCUUUUAAAUGUGUCUCCUGAAACUAUUAAUCAAUGGUUGCACUCUCUUGGGAGACUAAGGUUGUGCCCUUUCUACCUCUUUUAUACCCAGACUUUCCCGCUCUUCCCAUUAAAUACCUCUUGUGAGUCCGAAGAAAGUGUCCUUACUUUGCCAUGACAAUAUAGGCUGUUCUGGUCCAAUGAUUUUCUUAUCUUCUAGCAUUUUUGCAGAGAUUUUUGAUACGAGUCUUCAUAUCUUCUGGAUUUUUUUCCCUGGAGCAGAUAGGAUUAAUGAAAAAUGUAUUGGCUUGUUUUAAGACAAAAUAACAUGUUUAUCUUCCAAAGUUAACUAUCACUUGCAUAAGCUAUCUAAUGUUUUCACUUUGUGCUCCUGUGGAUUUCAGUGAGCUGACAGAUCUCAUUCACUUAAUGUCAACUUUGAAAGACUAGCUGAUUGCUGCUUUUCUUUUGUAUUUGCAUUAUGAAUGUGUACAAUACAAGGAGGUGCCCCAUGUGUCACGUUACAGAGUUGUAUGACUAAUAAGUUAUUUUCCAGAAUUUAAUGAGCCAAUUAGAGUAUUGACAAGUUGAAGCUCAGCUCAUGGCUUUUUGUGACCUGCUCCACCAAGAACUUGUGAUAAUGAUAACAAGGUGAAAUAGAACUAACUGUCAGUGAUGCCAUGGAGAAACAAAACAAAUUUGGA